UUUGAAAAAGGAACGGCCCAUGUUCAGGGAGAAGGCUCCGACUGGGCUAGGAGGCGCUAGGCUAUCGCCGCGGCCGCCGUUCUCUCACCUGCUGCAUCGCUGCUUCCGCCUCCGCCCUACAAGGCUACACCAGAUGCCCAGAUUUUCGUCCGGUUCUUCUCCGGCAACGAGCAGCCACCAGGUGUCUUGGUAUUUGCAAACAGUGACAAAAGGUUCUGCUUCGCUGUAGAGUCAUGUCUGCAAAGAUACGCGUAGUGAUGAAGUCUUUUAUGAGCCAAAGCAACCAGGUCUCAGGGCUUAUGCCAUUCACAAAGAAGAUUGGACUACCUGAAUCACGAGCCCUGUACACCGUGUUGCGGUCACCUCAUAUCGAUAAGAAGUCCAGGGAACAAUUCUCGAUGCAUGUCAAGAAACAGUUUGUGGAACAGACAGCCAAACCACACGAACUUCACAGGAAGUUCUUCUGGUUAAAACGCCUGCGGAUACCUGGGGCUCAGUAUGAAAUCCAAAUUUCUUUCAAGACACGUCUCGAUAUGGCGAGCCUAAGGUCCCAAGCUCCUUGCUGACUCUCAGAUCUUCCUUACCGUCCUGAAUGUUUGAAGUGACUUGUAUCCAUCGACAUUUCAUAUGUUAUGAAGACAUGCUUAUUUUGAUGGCUUUUGAAAAAAAAUGUACCUGCUAAGUCUUCAUUACCUUGACAGAUCACUAGUCAAGAAAAUGCAGCA